AUUAGACUUAGCACACAACACAUGCAUUGACCUCACUAAAAGAGGAAGUGGUAGUUUCUACUUUCUAGUACAAAUUAAUCUGGUUUUAGUUUAGCUAUUUAUAGUUAGGAUUUAGUAGUGGAAAGUAGAGUGGAUUCUCUGUGCUGAUUGAGAAAUCAAGAAUGGAAUCUUUACUUAUUGGGUCUUUUCAAAGAUCAUCAUUUCCAGUUGUAGCUGAGUUUUCUCCACUCAAAACCAGUUCACAUGCAAUAGUACGAGCUUUGAAGUGUAAAGCAUGGAAGAGACCAGAAAAGCACUAUUCCACUUCUAUGAAGCUGCAAAGGCAGUAUAUGACGCAAGAUCAUGUUAGAGGCAGUGAUGGAAGCAUUAUUGCCGCUCAUGAAAAACUUAAAGAGAGGUUUUUGGUGCACGCAUCAUCGGAACACCCUCUUGAAUCUCAACCUUCCAAGAGUCCUUGGAACUCAGUGCAUGAUGCCGUAGAUGCUUUCUACAGGUUCUCGCGGCCCCAUACCAUAAUAGGAACAGCAUUGAGCAUAAUUUCAGUUUCCCUCCUUGCAAUUGAGAAGUUCUCUGAUUUUUCUCCAUUAUUUUUCACUGGGACGUUAGAGGCCAUUGUUGCUGCCCUAUUCAUGAACAUUUACAUAGUUGGUUUAAACCAACUGUCUGAUAUUGAAAUAGACAAGGUAAACAAGCCAUAUCUUCCAUUGGCAUCAGGGGAAUACUCUACACAAACCGGAGUGAUUAUAGUGUCGUCUUUUGCCAUCUUGAGUUUUUGGCUAGGAUGGAUCGUUGGUUCCUGGCCUUUAUUUUGGGCUCUUUCCAUCAGUUUUGUACUGGGAACUUCCUAUUCAUUAAAUCUACCACUUUUGAGAUGGAAGAGAUUUGCUGUGGUUGCUGCAUUGUGCAUCUUUGCUGUACGGGCGGUGAUAGUUCAGAUAGCCUUUUAUUUGCAUAUUCAGACUUAUGUAUACAGAAGACCAGCUGUCCUUUCAAGACCUUUGAUAUUUGCAACAGCAUUUAUGAGUUUUUUCUCAGUUGUUAUAGCAUUAUUCAAGGUAAAUCUUGGCUUUCUAAACCUGAUUACAUAAAAGAUCAUUUUUUGUUUUAGUU